UCAAAACCUUGGGUUUUCUGUGUUAACCGAGUUAGGUCAACCAAUCUACAUAUAAAACCUCACAUUGCCGUUUGCUUCCUCCUCCUCCUCUGCCGCCUGCUAAGCUUUCGAGGGAUUUUGAGGUUGCUCUUGAAACAUCUAGUGGCCAAGCCAAAAUGGUUCUCCAAAACGAUGUCGAUUUGUUGAAUCCUCCAGCGGAGCUUGAGAAGAAGAAACACAAGCUCAAGCGUCUCGUUCAGUCCCCUAAUUCGUUCUUCAUGGAUGUCAAAUGUCAAGGCUGCUUCAAUAUAACAACUGUGUUUAGCCACUCUCAAACAGUGGUGGUGUGUGGUAACUGUCAGACUGUUCUCUGCCAGCCAACCGGAGGUCGAGCUAGACUCACCGAGGGAUGCUCUUUCAGGAAGAAGGGAGACUGAUCUGCUACACCAUUGACACCGAGUAUUGGUUGUUCUGAAAAUGGAUUCUCUUUUCUGUUUUUGAAGAUAUUUGUCUGAACAUGGUUCAACUUGUUUUUUCUUGCUUCCAAGAUAUGUUAGAUUUUGUAGUAAGUUUUAAGGAUUUGAUUCUAAGCUUGUUACUUUAUGGUUUUGAUCAAGUAUGGAUGUUGUUGAAAUUAAUGUUUUGAGUUGCUUUUUGAUUGUUUUCCGGA